UGUGCAGCACACUGCCUCAACCUGCUGCUGAAGGACAUCAGUGGAGUGGACUGGGUGCAGGAAGUGGCGCAGAGGGCGAAGAUGAUGGUGAAGUUCAUUAAGAACCACCACCGAACAGUGUCCCUCUACAACAAGCGUUCAGACUUGGUAAGGGAGAGGUCGUUGAUUCUCCCCACAGAGGUGCGGUUCGCAUCCAAGUUCAUGAUGCUCGAGCGGUUGAAGGAUAGGAGGAAGGUAUUGGAGGAGAUGAUGGAGGAGGGUUGGAAGGACAUCAGGUGGAGUGGAGCAAAGGACAGAGAUAAAUCCGAAGCCACGUAUGUCACCGUGCGGUCCACGAAAUGGUGGCAGCUGUUGGAGAGGGUUGUGAAAGUGCUUCGAAAGAUGGACAGCAAUUGCACGGCCCCACAUCAGCUCUGGAACUUUGUUGAAGGCCUCAUGAAGCGUGUGCAGAUCAUCAACGGACUGACAACAGCGCAACAGAAGAUGACCGCAUCUCAAUGGUGGAGCACUAAUGGCAAAAGCCACAAGAAAUUGCAGGAGAUUGCGGCGAGGGUCACUGCCAUAUGGAGCACGACCACCCCAUGCGAGAGGAAUUGGCCGUUAUUGGAUCUGGUGCACAGCAAGCGGAGAAACACGUUAGGCAGCGGGACCGUUGAGAAGCUCAUCUACGUUCAUUGGAACAGACAACUACAAAAGGUGAAGAGGACAAAGAGGGGGGGUUACAUUCACUUGUGGGCCAGCUGCUUCGAUGAGGCGGAAGCUCCAUCGCCCGAUGACCCCGCUGUUCUCCGUGCCACGACAGCAAGCGUUUACCCUUCCGAUGAUGAGGCGGCAUGGAUGAUUCGCCCGAGGAAGGCGCCAAAAGGGAGGGUCCCAAGGAUGAAGGGGGUGGAUGACUCGAGCUCCUCUGACGGCAGUGACAAUGGGGAGGACCUUAUCGGGAGGGGAAAGGGACAAAAGACACAAGAGCAGCAGCAGCUUGAGGACCUCAAGGAGAUGCAACUGCUUGACGAUGAUGGCGAGCCCGGUUAUGAAGAAGGGGAUGAGGCGGACGGGGAGGAGGAGGAGGAGGGGGAAGAGGAGGAGGAGGGGGAGGACGAGGAACAGGAUGAGAGGGUGGAGUUUGGCCUGCGUCCGUCUCGAGAGAGUGAUGAGUCAGACAACAAGGACGACGACAACGUUGACGCGGAUCUCACAUGGAGGGCGGAUGCGGCGCACUCCGACGAUGACGCAAAGUUCUUGAAGACAAUGAGGCCCGCCUUCGUAAAUGUUGACAGCGAGGACGAGCGUGCUAGAACAGAGGCGCAUACCUUGGCCCGCAGGGAGCAGCCUCUCGUCGAGCAGCGGAUGCAGCAACAGGCUGCGAAGCGUGUGGCAGUUCCUGCUGCUGGGAGGAAGAAGACGGUGUCCACAGCUGCAGCGGGAGCAUUGGGAGAAGGGGGAGAGCUAGGGAACGCGGGAGAGGGACUGCAAGAAAAGGACAGUGUUGACUUGCAGCAGCUAGAGAAUGGGCUGCAACAGCCAGAUUGCGGGAUGCAACAAGAAGCCGAUCGGCAGCAGCAACCGCACGACGGCCAGCAGCACCAAAAGCGGCACAAGCACCACGUGGAGAAGCACGUGGAGGGGUCCCAGCAACAGGAAGCAGAUAAUCAGCCUAUGCAGAAGAAGGCGAUGUCACCGCAGCACAAGGUGUCUGAGCAGCAGCAGGAACUGCAGCAGCGGGAGAAACAGCCAGACACAGCCCCUGUUGAGGCUGCCGUUGAGUAUUCGCCCUUCCCACCGUUGGUUGAGGCUACACAUCACGACAACCUUGAUGUGAGCCUCGCGGGAAGGAAGCGGAAGGAGGUUGCUCAGGAGGUGGGACCCCCUGCGGUGAAGAGGGGACGAGAGCGUCCACGGAAGUAUCCGCAGGCAGCAGCGGAAGAAGCAGUGGUGAAGACCGCCGAGGCUGAGGUCCGGGUUGCCCGAGCAUGGCGGAGUAAGGCUCCGAAGUUGUGCAAGAGAAGGGCGGGGAUCAUCAGCGUUGACAAUUCUGGGGGUGUUUCACUGCACAGCAGCAGCCACGAAGAAUGGGUGCACUCAGGUGAUGAUGGCGGGCCUUAGAGGCUUCACUGCUGAGGACUGCUCUUUGGGGCUUCUUUGAAGUUCUUUCUCACAAGUCCGUUCAAUCAGUUCUGCAGACUUUUGUACUUGAAGUCGUGUCAGUGGAGUCAGUUGAGUCAGUAGCGUCCGUUGAACUCGUGUAGUUCAGUCAGUUGACUGAACUCGUGUCUGUUGAGUCACUUGAGCUCUUUGAGUCCGUUGAGUCGGUUGAAUGACCUGAGUAAAUUGAGUCUUCGUAG